ACAAAAUGUUCUUUGAUAAUGAGGAAUACAUCAAAAUUGGUCAAUACGACGAAAAGUAUGAACAAAUUUUCAACAACCCUCCAAAUUUGCAAAUCAUUCUGAAAUCAUUUUUCAAGGUCACCCAUGAUUUCACAAUGUUUGUAAACAUCGCCAUGUUGGCUAGGAUCACCACACACGUUUCACGUUUUCCAUUUAUAGCUGGUUGAAGAAGAUUGAAGUCUGACGUUACUGUGAAGUCUUGUACUCAUUCUUUUUGCUUGCUUUAGAGUAAAUAAAAUAGUUAUGAUGUUGGAGGAAUAAUAUGAGAAUUCAAAGUCCUUUGAAGCAAAGAAAGCAAGGUUUAUUUUUCUGAAGUUCAAGCUUAAGUUUGCUUUGGAGAGAAGAUCAAGAUGGCUCAAGGAUACGAUGGAAUGCAGAUGGAUGACCUGGAGUCGGGAGGCGACUCGUUGGGAGCCAAGAAGGGCGCUCGACGACCCAAGGAGAUGAGGGUUAAGCUUGAGCGGUCGAGGCAGAGCGCGCGCGAGUGCCGUGCGAGGAAGAAGCUGCGUUACCAAUACCUGGAGGAGGUCGUUCGUACCCGCGAGCAGGCCAACUUACUGCUGCGGAAGGAGCUCGAACAGUAUUUAAAAUGGAACCAGGAGUUGGAUGAGGGCCGCGUACCAGAAGGCCUGAAGAAACUGGUGGAAGAGGACCAGUUACAACAACAGCAACAGCAGCAACAGCAACAACAACAGCAGCAACAACAGCAGCAACAGCAACAACAGCAGCAGCAGUUGCAAUACUCGCAGCAGCAACAGUAGACCCAGCCGACCCGGCGGGAGCUCCGGUAAGACGCCGGAGAUGGUCGUACCCUGCGCGUCGCUGUCUGUCGGGAUUUUAGCCCCAACGCACUGCUGCGGGGUCGAAGGUCUUGAGCUAGGAGUAUGCCGAGGGCGCGGCGGGCGGCGGCCGCAGAGGUAUGGCCAAGGAGACUGGUCAAUGGGCGUGAGUCUGUCACUGAACUGGGUCUGCUGGUCGGCAUCUGUCGGUAGGCUGGGUCUGCCGGUGGGCGCGGGUCUGCGGCCAGUGCGGCGUGGGUCUGUUACAUGGCACGGUCUGCCAGUAAGCUGGGUCGACCUGUAGGCCGGGUCUACCGAUAGGCUGGGUCUGCUGGUAGGCUGAGUCUACCGAUAGGUCGGGUCGGCCGGUCGGCGGGGUUUGAUCUGCCGGUGACCACCGGGUCUGCCGGUGGUCACGAGUCUGUCUGGUCUGGUCUGCCGUUGGGCCGAUUCUGUCGGUGGGCUGGUCGGCUGACAGGGCUCGUGAACCAUCCCCGCCGGCUGACUCGGGCAUUGGCCGACCGGCACGGCAGCGGUGGCGGCUGUUCUGUGAGAUCGUUGUAUGGACGUUAGAGUAGAAGGUGAGCAUGGUUGUCCUGCUGUGGGUCAGAAGACGUGUAGGAGAGGCGGCACCAGGGCCGCCGCGCUGCGUACCGGGUAAUCGCGCGUAAGUUAAGGACGAGCGCUGUGCAAGUGUUUUGAUGGCAGAGACUUUAUGUGCGAUGUGCAAUGUAAGGCCGCGGUUCUGGGAGAUUUGAGAGACGUUCGUAACGGUGAUAUUGAUAAGAUUGCUGUUGGCGUGCCCGCUUGGCUGCACGCUUCAGAACCUGGUGUUAGACGCUGUGAUCGAAAGACAGCACGCGCGUAUUUGUUGUGAACCUUCUCGGCUGCUUCGCUGGACUGGAAGGCUAUCGCUUGGAUAAGUUUAUUUCAGAAACGUUGACGUAUUGGCAACACAAAGGCGCCGGAUAUAUGUUUGACGUAGGGCUGUAACAAUAUAUUUGACCAAGCCCGAAA